AUGUCUGAGACCAUGGAUGCUGCCUCCCAUCCCCCAGCAUCGUCACAGUCACUAACAGUAGCAACAUCUGAUAGUGCUCUCCAGAAGGAGUCAAAGUACUUCAUGUUGAAAGGAAGAGGCAUCAGAUGCAUAGUGGCAUUAUUUAAUAAUAUUGAAGACCUAAUAGCUGAGAAUAACAGGAGUCAAGAUUGUUUACAAAGCAGCUACAUUGCCCUUAAUCAUGCCCUCCCAUGGUUUCACCAGAAGGCUUUGGAAAUGGAAUACAAUGAUUAUGUGCAAAUGCUAAAAAAGCUUAGACAGGGUGCUGAUGGUGCUCGAGGGGAUGAUACCUCAAAGCUCAAGAAUCUCGUUGUUGACUGGGUCAAUCGUGAAUUCAAGCCUGAUCCCUCCGUCAACCCCAAUGAUAAAAACUGUCAUGGAUUCAUCAACGAUGCAUGCGCAUUCCUGUACGACAAGUACAUGGCUGAUCAGGACAAUCUAGAGGAAGGCCUUUUCAAAAGCACUAUUUUGCUGCAGGCCUUCAAGGCCAUAUUUACGUCUCCCUCCUCCGCAAAGGAGGUUGCCGGUGAUGGUGAUGGUGCGGAUGUCAUCGAAAAUAACCGACAUGCAGGAAGGGAUGUCUAUUCUGGCAAAAAAAGUCACACCCUGCUCAAUUGCAUAUGUAUCUUGUCAAAUUUCUUUGAAAAGCCUCCUGGUCGACUAGCACAGCAAAAAGUCAACCGGCUUCUAGCAUGGUGGAUGAGGAAAGUCUUCGGUACAAGUUGCCAUGCAGAAAUUAGUGACGGGGCAAGUCUGUAA